AUGGGAGAAGUGAAUGUGACGUUUAAGGAACCGGUACACAGGAUUCUUGACCGGAUCAAACACGAGCCAUAUUUUCGAUGGCCGAACAAGAUAGGAGGGGACCCAUCCAGGAGGAAUCAGAAUCUGUACUGCACUUAUCACCGGGACAAAGGGGUGAUUGAAGUUAUCCAUGUUGCCCCGGAAAAGCUCAGUGCAGGAAGAAGGAAAGGAGUGCUGAUGAUAGUACCAGUAGAAGGUAACCCGGACCUGCAAUUGCCAGGUAAGAAGAUGAAGUUUGCGCGGGAGCCUAUCUCAUUCGACAAUGACGAUUUGGAGGGGAUGAUCCAACCACAUAAUGACGCAUUAGUGGUCAUGGUCCGGAUAAAUGGCUUCUUAGUAAAAAGGGUAAUGGUAGACCAAGGAAGCGGGGCUGACGUAAUGUACCCGGAUCUGUUCAGGGGACUUGGACUGAGGAAAAAGGACCUGAUGAAGCACACUUCACCCUUGGUUGGGUUUGAUGGUAAAGUAGUGAUUCCUGAAGGUCAAAUUUCACUUCCCGUGAUUAUGGGAGGGAAGGAGGUGGCAGUGACAUUUACAAUAGUAAGUUCAUUUUCCUCAUAUACGGCCAUCCUGGGGAGACUGUGGAUCCAUUCAAUGGGGGCUAUCCCGUCUACCCUACAUGUAAAGAUCAAGUUCCCAACCAAGCAGGGUGUCACCGUGAUAGGAGGAGACCAGCAAGCGGCCAGACAGUUUCUUAUUGCUGUAGUUAAUUGGAAGUGGAGGAAUCAAGUUAAUCAAGGAGAAACAACCGGACCACUAGUAAGAGACAAAGGGACUGGGCGGUCCGAACAGGAGCAGGUUGAGCGAGAAAAUGCAUCCCGAAAGGUCCAAGUGUUGCUGUUUCUGACUCAAAACAUAGAUGUCUUCGCUUGGAACCCCUAUGAAGUCCUCGGGGUUGAUCCCGGGUUUAUCGUCCACAAGCUUAAUGUAGACCCCUCGUAUCCCCCGAAGAAGCAAAAGCUGAGAAGAUCAGCCAAAGACCAUGUUGAGGCAAUAAGGCGGGAGGUAGAGAAGUUGAAGGAGGUCGGAGCAAUAAAGGAGACCUUUUUCCCGGAGUGGCUGGCAAACACCGUGGUCGUCAGGAAGAAGAACGGCAAAUGGAGGGUCUAUAUGGAUUUCACAAACUUGAACCGAGCAUGCCCAAAGGACCCGUUUCCCAUGCCAAAAAUUGAUCAAUUGGUGGACGCCACUUACAGGCACCUGAGGAUGAGUUUCCUGGAUGCUUUUCAAGGAUACCAUCAGAUUGCCCCGGCCGCCGAAGACUAG